AUGCCUGAACUAAAAUCUGUGGAUCUCGUAAAAGCUUACAUAGAACGUAUCAAAGAGGUGAAUCCUCACCUAAAUGCAAUAGUGCAAGAUCGUUUUGAAGGCGCGCUGGAAGAUGCUGUGCGAGCUGAUGAACUAAUCGCCAAAGCCACAGACGCACAAUUACCAGCACUUUUUAGUCGCUAUACCUUAUUGGGUAUACCUUUUACGGUAAAAGAAUCGUGCGGAUUGAAAGGCAUGUCAAUCUGUGUUGGUAGCCGUUAACGCGCACAUCUGAUAAGUUCCGCGAAUGGUGAAGUGGUGAACAAUGUGGUUGCUGCUGGUGGCAUACCAUUACUUGUUUCCCUAACACCGGAAUACUGCUUGAGCAUUGAAACAAAUCCGGCAACACAAAAGCGUUGCUUAAAUCCACACGACAGUAGACGGACACCGGGUGGAUCUUCCGGUGGAGAAGGCGCUUUGAAUGGUGCAGGCGCGAGCUUGUUCGGUAUUGGUUCUGAUAUUGGUGGUUCGAUACGCUAUCCGAGUUUAUUCAGUGGUGUCUUCGGUCACAAACCCACAGGUGGUAUUGUCUCAAUUGAAGGACAUUUCCCAGCCUCCAAAAAUAAGAAUAGCCUUUCGUUGGGUCCAAUUACACGGUUUGGCCGUGAUUUGGGCGUACUUAUGCAAAUUAUGGCCGGUGAAAAUGCUGAAAAAUUGGAUCUACUAACACCGGUGGAAACAAAGGAUAUUAAGAUUUUCUACGCGCUUGGAUUUGAUGGACUUAAUGGCGUUUUACAUACUUCCCCCGAAGCAGAAAUGAAACUUUCCAUUUUGACUGCGUUAAAGUACUUAAAGAGUCGCGGUUGCGAAGUUGAGCGGACAUCUAUGAGAGAUUUCAAAAACUCACUCGAAAUAUCGCUCGGCAGCUGGAUAUUACUAGAGCACUUUCCUUAUUUAAUCAACACUUCAAAACCAAGAAACUUAAUUGAGUGUUUAACCGAAAUGGGUAAAGCAAUAUUAGGCAAAUCGGAAUACACCAGAGAUGCUUUAUACUUUGAAUCCAUAAGACGUUUCAAUGCCGCAAUGCGCACGGAAAAUAUAUUGAAAUACAAAGCUGAAGCUGAGGUGCUGAAAACUAGGUUUGCUAAAAUGCUCGGCAAAAAUGGCGUUUUCUUUUUUCCUACAUUUCCUGUACCUGCAAUUCAUCAUAAUUCUUCGAUAUUGUUUCUUAGUAAUGUAGAUUAUUGUAUGAUUUUCAAUAUACUUGGCUUUCCAACUACCCAUAUACCUAUGGGACAUGAUGAUAACGGCUUACCGGUCGGUUUUCAAGUGGUCGCAGCGCCAUACAUGGAUAAGCUAUGCUUUCAAAUUGCUGGUGAAUUAGAAGCCGCGUUCGGUGGUUGGGUUAUACCAACAGCACACGAACUUGAACAGUUGAAAUAGAAUAAAUAAAUUGUUGAUAUGAUAAUGAUUAUAUAAUGAUAGUUUUUUAUAUUAAUUUAAGGGUAAAAAUUAAUUUUAAUGAUUAAUAAAUGGUGAUAUGGUGUAUAAAUAUUCGCGUA